UGCUUGGCCUAUUUGGCGUGUGCGAUCGUUGCUGUGAUGAUAGUUUCAAUGUUUCUCAAUGCGCUGCACAAGGAUGUUGUCAACAGAGGUAAAGCACCCAUGUUCGAUGCUCCGGUCUUGAAACAGACACUGAAGAACUGUCGAAAUAUGAAAAUUAUGUUGCUGGUACCUUUGACGGCCUUCAAUGGUGUUGAGCGAGCAUUUGUUAUUGGAAUUUUUACGAAGGCGUUUGUUGGGUGUGGCAUCGGCGUUCCGCAGAUCGGCUUUGUUUGCACUGCAUUCGGAAUUUCUGAUGCCAUUUGCAGUUUAGUGUUUGGUCCACUGAUCAAAUUAUUCGGUCGAAUGCCUUUAUUUGUAUUCGGAGCCGUUAACAAUAUGCUGAUGAUAGUCACACUUAUGAUCUGGCCACUGAAUCCAGCAGAUAAAGCUGUUCUCUACGUAGCCGCAACCGUGUGGGGAAUGGCAGACGGUGUAUGGAACACCCAAAUAAACGGAUUUUGGGUGGCAUUAGUUGGACGACAGUCGCUCGAAUUAGCAUUCUCCACCUAUCGUUUCUGGGAGUCCAUUGGCUUGGCAGCUGGCUUUGUGAUGGCUCGCCUGAUGCCUGUCGAACUGGUGCUUCUCGUCUCAUUCUGCUUGUUGCUACUUGGCAUGAUUGGUUAUUGUGCUAUUGAACUUUACGACGAAAUUUCAGUACGUUCUUUCUCGCUCGAAUUUCUUUCCAUGAAAAAAAAAGAGGAGUCAAAUAAUAUUCGGCGACAUUUUUCUCUCUUCGGAAAAGAGAUAAUCAGUUUCUCAUUUGGAGUUUGCUUAACAAAUUACGCCAAAGAUACAACCUUUUCAACGCUUGUGAGGUGA